AUGUCCACAGAGCCUUGUCCGUGGGAGGAGACCCUCAUCAUCGCUGCCGCCAAUGGAGACACCACGACACUAUCAGAAGAGCUGAAAAAAGGCAAAGAUGUCAACUGUCGCGAUACAGAGUUUGGGCGAACAGCAUUGUCCUGGGCUGCCGAGAGAGGACACACCGGCGCUGUCCAGAUCCUUCUUGAUGCGCAAGCCAAGGUUGAUACUCCCGAUGCCCUUUUCGGUCGCACACCCUUGACCCAGGCCGCGGCCAAUGGGCACGUCGAUAUGACGGAAUUACUUCUACGAAGCGGCGCCGACUUCAAUGCUUGCGAUACUUCGGGCGAGAGGCCUCUUCUACAAGCGUCCCGCAAAGGGCACGCCGCUGUCGCGAAGCUCUUGCUCGAAGCAGGCGCGGACCCCAAUGUUAGAGCGUGGAAGAAAGGGCAGACUUCCUUGUCAUUGGCUUCAAUAUACGACCAUAUUGACGUCGUCCAGGUGUUGCUGGACUACGGUGCCAACAUCGAUCUUGAAGACGAUUGCAACUGUGAACGCACCCCGAUGAUCUGGGCCGCGAUCAAUGGCCACGAGGCCAUCCUCAAAUUGCUGUUGGAGCACAAGGCCAGCCUGGACAGUGAAGACAGUAAGCGAGGCAUGUCUCCCUUGGCAUGGGCCAUCACAGAGGGAGAAGAAGGUGCCACUGCCCUUUUACUCGAAAGCUCUCUAAAGGGCCCCGUGCAAUUCUCAGCUCUCCAAGCCGCAGCUACCACCCCCGGUAAUAGUAAGAUUCUUUCGAAGCUGUUGGACGGAUGGGACGUUGACGUCAACGGACGGGACUAUGGAAGUUAUACGCUGCUCGCGUUGGCCGCCAGGCAUGGGUGUGAUGAGCAAUUCCGAGUGCUUUUGGAUAGAGGCGCAGAUCCUCACGUCUGUUUUACCGACGAAAGAACAAUCAUUUCAUUCGCUGCCGAAGGUGGCGCUUUAGAAUCCGUCAAAUUGUUGUUGCAGAGCAGUACAGAUGUCAAUCACCAAGAUGAUGUUGGAGCAUCGCCUCUGUCUCGGGCCGCAGCGGAAGGAGAACACGAAGUAGUGAGGAUACUUGUUGAAGCUGGUGCGAUGUUAGAUGCUCAAGACAAAAAGGGGCGUACAGCACUUUUCUGGGCUGCAAGAAAGGGACACUCCGACGUUGCGAAGGUUCUCAUUGACAACCGCGCAGAUCUGGAUCUGGCGGGCAGCGAAUGGGGAAGGACGGCCCUCCAUUUUGCAAUUGAGAGAGAAAAUGUCGAAGUAGCCAAGCUGCUCAUUACUGCCGGAGCCUCUCUAAAUAUCAAGGACGGAGAGGGACGUGCGCCACUGUCUUAUGCCGCUGAGCAAGGCCUCGAAGACGUUGUAGCCCUACUUGUCGAGAAAGGCGCCGACGUAAAUAUGUCCGAUGAUACCGAAGAUGACGGCAUGUGGGAUACCAUGGUGCCCUUGUCCUGGGCCGCAGCAAAUGGCAAUGGAGCUGUGAUCAGAAUUCUGCUGGCACAUGAUGCCUCUGUGAACCCAGAUAUUGAAGGGAGACCACCUUUGAUGCACGCUUUCCAAGAAGAAAAGGACGAGGCCAUGCAAUUACUCCUCGAGCAUGGUGCAAACCCGUUCGGUGGCGAUUUCAGUGACGAAUGUGUCUUGAGAGGAGUGGCAAAGUGUGGUCUGAAGGAUAUAGUGGCACUUUGUCUCAGACAAAAUGCCCCCUCCGUAGAGGUCAGGCAAGAAUCAAUCUGGUGGGCUCUCGUCGAAGCCUCACAUAACGACCAUGCAGAGGUAGUGGAGUUGUUACUUCAGCAAAACCCUUUUAGUUUUCCAAUCGCGGACUUGACGCCGUGGGAUCUCGCGGAGGACGAGGAGGUGCUGCGUCUUCUACAGCCGUAUCGGAAGGCCAUGCGGAAGCGUGUAGAGCGGGAAGACUGA